GCGCCGGUGACCCCGGGAGGUAGGGACAUAGGUAGGCGGUUGGACGGUGUCGCGGCUCGCCGCCUACGGUCCCGCGACCCUUCCUCCUUCCCUUCUCCACCCCGGCGCCACGAUGCCGCAGUUCCAGACCUGGGAGGAGUUCAGCCGCGCCGCCGAGAAGCUAUACCUCGCUGACCCGAUGAAGGCGCGUGUGGUUCUUAAAUACAGGCACACUGAUGGGAGUCUGUGUGUGAAAGUAACAGACGAUGUAGUUUGUCUGGUGUACAGAACGGACCAAGCUCAAGAUGUAAAGAAGAUUGAGAAAUUCCACAGUCAACUAAUGCGACUUAUGGUAGCCAAGGAGUCCUGAAGUGUUGCCAUGGAAACAGACUGACUGGUUUAAGAUGAAGACUCAUGUUUUAGGAAGUAAAUAUCUUGAAUUUGAGCAAAUUUUGGAAUAGAACAUGCUUUAUGUAACUGA